AUGUCGAUACCUGGCAAAGGGAUUGCAAGCUCUGGGAUGUUAAAGUCCGCAGACGACCAUGGUGGUGCUCUCAAAAUCGAGUUGCAGAGCAGCACUUGUGGAAACCCUGGUGUUCCACAUGGAAGUAUUGUCCAUGGUACGAGCUUUGAUGUUGGAGACAAGAUCACGUACUCCUGUGUGCAUGGUUAUAUCCUCGAUGGACAUCAUGAGCUAACCUGCAUGGCCAGUUCAGGAAAUACUGCGUCAUGGGACUUCCCUGUCCCCAUUUGUAAGGCUGAAGAUGGAUGUGGGGGAACUCUGCAAGGAUCCAGCGGCAUUAUUUCCAGUCUGAAUUUCCCUGGCGAGUAUUACAAUAAUGCAGACUGCACCUGGACAAUCGCUGCUGAACUUGGGGAUACCAUCUCACUCAUUUUCACAGAUUUCCAGCUUGAAGAAAAGUAUGAUUACUUGGAAAUUGAGGGAUCAGAGCCUCCAUCAAUAUGGCUGUCAGGAAUGAAUCUGCCUCUACCUAUUAUCAGCAGCAAGAACUGGCUUAGGCUGCACUUUAUAUCAGACAACAACCACAGGCACAAAGGAUUCAGUGCUCAGUAUCAAGUGAAAAAGUCCAUAGAUUUUAAAUCUAGAGGAGUUAAAUUGUUCCCAGGGAAAGACAACAGCAACAAGUUUUCUAUCUUCGUUGUGAUGGACACAGCUUUAUAA